GAAAAUGACUAUCACAUCCUCCACGCGCUGCUGUUGUGUGGUUUGUUUGAACUAGAGGACGACAGAGGGGCAAAUAUGAUAUAUUCGUCUGUAAGCGAAUGAACGGAACUGCGACAUCGACUGCCCACAUUUGACAUUCUUGUAAAGUGACUGUGAAUCUCCGGUGUGUCAGAGUCAGAGAGACGCUGCUACUGGGGGAGUUGACGUCAACCUUCUUCUCUAACAGCAUCACCGGUCCACUGCACUCCUGAGGAGUCUGCUGCUCUCUUCAGGCAUUUCUUCUUCUCCUCACACUGUUCCCCCGAUUCCAUCUCGGCUCCCAGGUAAUCUGUGGGCAUCACUCAGCAUGCUUGGAGCCUCAGGGCAGGCAGACUGAAUUGAGCACUGUACGCACCAGUUAACGUUAGAGGGUCCAUAGGAAAAGGACUUGGACUCUUGUUUUAGAGUCCUGCACUCUAUGGGCAGCACUCAGCACUCUCUGAUUCUCUCUUGUGCUUAAGAUUACAUCCACUGUCCACUGAAGAAGUCAUGCUCAUCUGGUCCCAUCAUGGGCGCUCUACUUCGAUCGUCACCCUCCUCCUUGCCCUGGCUGUCCUCCUCUGCCCCACUGGCCGAGUGAGGGGUCAAGAGCAGAGUCAGACGCAGUCCCCCGCUCAGGUGCUCCAGGACUUGCUGGCCCGCUAUGGGAACAACAGUACCAUCAGUGUGCCUCAGCUGCGCUCUCUGCUCGCUGUCCUUAGCCAGGGUCAAAGUGGAAGCGAUGGCGACAGCAGCGAAGUGGCAGAGACGCCAACAACCAUACCUCCCCAAACCAACAGCUCUAAGUGCUUACCUGCAGACACACUGGCUAUUUACAGCAUCAGCGAGCAGUCACGUUUGGAUGGACAAGGUUUCCAGAAGCUGUGCCCCAGCAUGCUGCAGCAGCUGGAUGCUGGCACCUGCAGGGCACAAAAGGAGGAGCUGAGCAGCGACACCUCCCCGAGGCCCUCAGAUGCAGAAGUGUGGGGCUAUGGGAUCCUCUGUGUGACACUGAUCUCUCUGUGUUCGCUGAUCGGGGCGAGCGUGGUCCCCUUCAUGAAGAGAACCUUUUACAAGCGACUCCUGCUCUACUUCAUAGCCCUGGCCAUUGGUACACUCUACUCCAACGCCCUGUUUCAGCUCAUCCCAGAGGCCUUUGGUUUUGACCCUAUGGUGGACUUCUACGUGUCCAAAUCUGCAGUGGUGUUUGGAGGCUUCUACCUCUUCUUCUUCACUGAAAAAGUUCUCAAAGUGCUUCUCAAGCAAAAAAAUGAGAGCCACGGCCACAGUCAUUAUCCUGGUGCAGAUCAUUACUCUACAACCGACAGGGAGGUGGAGGAGGGGGAGAAGGAGAAGCUGCAGCAGAAUGGAGAAGCUAACAUUCUAGCUCAGGGCAAGGUGGACGCAGGGGAGGGCGAGCUAAUGCUCAGUCCUGCACAAACACCACAGGACUCCCAGAGUCCCGACAGCGGGGGGCGGUCUGCUGGCCAUGGGGGCGGCUGCUACUGGCUGAAGGGGACCACCUACUCUGACAUCGGCACCCUGGCGUGGAUGAUCACACUGAGUGAUGGUCUACACAACUUUAUUGAUGGUUUAGCUAUCGGUGCCUCCUUCACUUCCUCAGUUUUCCAGGGCAUCAGCACCUCCGUGGCUAUUCUAUGUGAGGAGUUCCCCCAUGAGCUUGGUGACUUUGUGAUCCUGCUGAACGCCGGCAUGAGCAUACAACAGGCUCUCUUCUUUAACUUCCUGUCCGCCUGUUGCUGCUACCUGGGCAUGGGAUUUGGCAUCCUGGCCGGGAACAGCUUCUCCCCAAACUGGAUCUUUGCUCUGGCAGGAGGAAUGUUCCUCUACAUCGCCUUGGCAGAUAUGUUUCCAGAGAUGAACGAGGUGAGCCGUGAGGAAGAGGAUGCAGGAGGAAGCAGGUUCCUCAUCACCUUCGCCAUCCAGAACGCUGGUCUGCUGACGGGCUUCUCCAUCAUGCUCCUCCUCACCACAUUUUCAGGACAAAUCCAGCUGGGGUAGCAGCAGACUCACCUGGACCAGCACCAGCUCUGACCAGCGUUGAAUUUAAACUGGGACGGGCUGCUGGGAACUGGGCCCAAAUAAAGGAAGGAUGAAUUAAAACUUCUCACUCUGUAUCUUCAUGAAGUCUUGGGGAAUUUUAUUGUGCGGCAGGUACGCAUAAUUAUCUGAAAACAUUUAAGUCGCUGCUCCUGUUGCAGUUCAUACAUGCAGUAGAUUUGAGGCAGAGCUUCUGUCCUCGAACCUCACAGCUGUUCAUGAUGGACGUCUGAAGCAGUCAGCAAAGACAAGUUGAUUGUCUGUUGCUACGAUUCGACUCGUGCAGUUUUCAGCCAGUCACUGUUCUCCAAGAUGACGAUCAGCCAUAUCCUUUUCAUCCUUCCCUCUGUGGACGUCACUGAGCCUCAGCCAGCGAGAUGCAGCACACGCUGAGUAUUUAUAUCCCAAAUCCUCUGUGAAAGCACAAUCAGGACGCAUCUAUCAGUCCUUUCUGUUCUGUUCCAGACUUUCCAUUCCAAACCAAAAAAGAUAAACUAAUCUUUAAGGACCUCAACUGGAUUUAUUCCUGAAUAAAAGUGAUGUCUAGCUGGAUUUAUUCAUCUUGGUGUUGAUUAUAUAAAUGUUGUUUUUAGUCAUGAAAGACAUAAAAUGACUCAUGAAGACCAAAUAUGGCCAGACCAUUGAGAAUGCUGAAGGGCUACAUAGAGAUGUUUGUUCACACAGCACACGCUUCAUUCUCCUGGUGUGGAAUUUCCACAUCCUCAUUAUCCUGGUAAACCUUCCUAUUUAGCCCUGGAUCGAGCAUGUGAAUCGUCAAGAUUUAGAUUUUUAAUGGCUUUGUCCAGACAAGAUGCAACAUUUUUCUUAAGUUUACCAUCUGUGCCCAUCAUUACUAAAGCAUUGAAUAGUUGGAUUAUUAUUAUUAUAAUUGUAUUUUUUUCACUUAAAAUCCAAAUCUGUGGUCUUCAGACAUCACAUAGUCUAUUUUUCUUAGAAUGAUCUACUCUUUUAGAGUCUAAGUUUUAAAUGAAUACUGUAAACUGUAAAUUAUCUAAGCACCCACACUUUUGCUGUUCUAUAAUCCAGAUUAAUCAUCCAUAACAAGACUAAUUUUCAGUUUAUUUUUAUGAUGAUAUAACUCAUUAAUAUUUGCUGUCAAAACAUACAAAACCUGCAUAUUGGAUCCAGAAAAAAAGUGGGAUAUGGGAUUAGGGGGGAAACUAUGGUUUCAUCUCAACGUGGCUCUCGCUGCAGAAGAAUUGUACAACAUAGUUUUGGUCAUGUGUGAUUUAAAUAAAAGAAGAAUAAAUAGAGUAUGAAUGAAAAGGUUGUUUUAGAGAAAGAGUUGUUUGAAUCAUUUUUGUGUAAUCUGACUAGUUCAAAGUCAUACAAACUAAUUGUAUAGGAACACAUUAUAUAACCAUUGUGUUACUAUCUAUAAAUAUAAGUUUGGUGGGUUGCUGUUAUUCCUUAUUUUCCUCAUAUCAGAAAUAGAUUGCACAGAUUUUUCUCAAAGCUGAAGUGAUCCAUCUACAGAUGCUACAUGCGGUGUUAGCAAAGAUUAGAGCUGUAGAAUAUGUAUUAGAGGUAGAAACUUGAACCCAUGAUACACUUUCUAUCACAUUCAUUUAUGGUGGUGGUAGGGCAGUUAAAUCCAGUACCAUCUGGUACAGUGUUAUUGCUGCUUGAUAAAUGUGAUGUAUGGAAAUAUUUAUUGUCUUUCUAAGCCAUAAAAUAUUUAUUUUAUUCUUUACAUCCCAAGCCAUGAAAGCAGACAGUUUCAUUCGUUUUGUUUGUUUUUGUGUUAGUUUUUGUGUGGAAUAAGUGGGACAGCCUAAACAGUAAAAACUGUACUGUAAUGCAGCUUGUAACAAACAUACACAACAUAUCCAGUCCAUUAAUGCUGUUUUU